ACUAGGGGCAGUGCUGAGCUGGUGCUGCCAAUGUUUUUUUUACACGAGGGAGAAUUUGAGAGGUGGUGGGCGCGUUUGGUAGCCCUGCUGUUGAAAUCUAUUAUUUAAAUCGACCAACAGCCGCUACAGCCGUCAUGAGUGAAUUCCGGAUCCACCACGACGUGAACGAGCUGCUCAGUCUGCUGCAGGUCCGAGGAGGCGACGGGGCGGAGGGAUACAUUGACCUGCUGCAGAAGCAUAGGACCCCUUAUGUCACCACCACAGUCUCUGCUCACAGUGCCAAGGUGAAAUUAGCAGAGUUCUCAAAAACCCCUGAAGACUUUCUGAGGAAAUAUGAGGAGCUGAAGUCCAAAAAUGUUCGUAAUCUUGACCCCCUGGUGUAUCUGCUCUCCAAACUCUGUGAGGAUAAAGAGAUGCUUCAGUUUCUGCAACAGAACGCCAAAGAAAGGUCAGAGUCUUUAAACUCAACCACUGCUACCAGUUACUCUCUGCCUCAAACCAGCACAAAGAUGUCCAUGCAGGAGCUGGAUGAACUGCGGAAGAAGCUGGGCAACGUGACGGCAAGCUCCAACGCUCCCCUGCCUGCUGAGGUCACACGGAAGAUGCUGCGAGACAAACAGAACAAGAAGAACCCCACCCAGCCCAACCCUGUGUUUCCCAGCUGGGUCUACGACCGUCCGACUCUCAUUGGAGACUUCAUCACCAGCCCCGCUCCUGCAGGAGAUCCAGCUGUGCCCAUUGGUAGGCAGGGAGUGCGCCGUCACACUUGGAUCUGCUACUCGGGGGGUGUUACCGUGCCAAUACCUGUGUUGUUGUUUCGCUGUCUGUGGCCAGGCACGAUGCCCCUCCCCUCCCAGGAACAGUUCGCGGUUGAGGACCUGCUGUUUGUCCUGAUUGGAGUCGACGGACGAGACAUCACCGCCCAGCCGGUGCUGGGGAGGCAGAACCGCUCCUUUAUAGUAGAUGCCACGCUGGACAUGUCCAUCAAAGAGCUGGUUAACAGAAUAUUACCAGUCGCAUCAUAUUACUCCACUAUAACGCGGUUCAUUGAGGAGAAGUCGUCCUUCGAGUACGGCCAGGUGAACCAUGCUCUGACGGCAGCGAUGAGGACCCUGAUGAAGGAGUACCUGAUCCUCGUCACGCAGCUGGAGCACCUGCAGCGGCAGGGCCUUCUGUCGCUGCAGAAGCUCUGGUUCUACAUCCAACCCACCAUGAGGACCAUGGAGAUACUGGCCUCCAUCGCUUCCUCGCUGGACAAAGGCGAGUGCAUGGGUGGAGCGACCCUGAGCCUUCUUCACGACCGGACCUUCAACUACACGGGCGACAGCCAGGCCCAGGAGCUGUGUCUUUAUCUCACUAAAGCAGCCAGCGUGCCAUACUUUGAAAUCCUGGAGAAGUGGAUCUACAGAGGAAUCAUCAAGGAUCCGUACAGCGAGUUUAUGGUGGAGGAGCACGAGCUGCAGAAGGAGAAGAUCCAGGAAGAUUACAACGACAAAUACUGGGAUCAGAGAUACACCAUCGUGCAGCACCGGAUCCCCUCUUUCCUACAGAAGAUGGCGGAUAAAAUACUGAGCACAGGGAAGUACCUGAACGUGGUGCGCGAGUGCGGCCGAGAUGUGACGUGUCCCGACGCUAAGGAGGUGCUGUACACGCUGAAGGAGCGCGCCUACGUGGAGCAGAUAGAGAAAGCGUACAACUACGCCAGCAAGGUCCUGCUGGACUUCCUCAUGGAUGAGAAGGAGUUGGUCUUACGUCUCAGGUCAAUCAAGCACUACUUUUUAAUGGACAAAGGAGAUUUCUUUGUGCACUUCAUGGACCUGACUGAAGAGGAGCUAAAGAAGCCGGUGGACGACAUUGUUCCCCCCCGACUGGAAGCUCUCCUGGAGCUGGCUCUGAGGAUGAGCACGGCCAACACGGACCCCUUCAAAGACGACCUGAAGAUCGACUUGAUGCCUCAUGAUGUGAUCACGCAGCUGCUGCGGGUGCUCGCCAUCGAGACCAAACAGGAGAAGGCCAUCAUCAACGCGGAGCCCACAGACGGGGCCCUCAGCGGGCUGGAGGCCUUCUCCUUUGACUACAUCGUCAAGUGGCCGCUCUCACUCAUCAUCAACAGGAAAGCUCUGACGAGGUACCAGAUGCUUUUCAGACACAUGUUUUUCUGCAAACACGUGGAGCGGCUGCUGUGCAACGUCUGGAUCGGCAACAAAGACUUCAAGCUGUACGCUCUGCCUUCUGCUAAAUGGUUUGCAGCUGCGUUUGCCCUGCGCCAGCGAAUGCUCAACUUUGUGCAGAACAUCCAGUACUACAUGAUGUUUGAAGUGAUGGAGCCGACCUGGCACAUCAUGGAGAACAACCUGAAAACGGCUUCAAACAUCGACGAUGUCCUCUGCCAUCACACCAGCUUCCUGGAUAACUGUCUGAAGGACUGCAUGCUGACGAACCCCGAGCUGCUCAGGAUCUUCUCCAAGCUCAUGUCUGUCUGCGUCAAGUUCACAAACUGCAUGCAGACCUUUACACAGAGCAUGCGGCUGGAGCGCCUCUCCCACGAACAGGCGAUGGUGGACGGACCUCCAGCUCCGAGCCAGCAGCCGGAUGAGACGGAGAAGAAGAGGCCGAGCACGAAGUUUUCAACCGAGCACGCGGACGGCCUCCAGUCAGACGCCAACUUUGAAGCCACCAUCGGGAAGUUCGACAGUAACUUUAGCACGAUGCUGCUUGACCUGCUGGACAAGCUGAGCAUCUACAGCACCAACGACUGCGAGCACAGCAUGAUCAGCAUCAUCUACAGGCUGGACUUUAAUGGAUUCUACACAGAGCGGCUGGAGAGGAUGGCUGUGGAGCGCAGUCAGAAAGCUGCAGCGUAGCGUGUCCUCGCAUGUCUUUGGAAAAAGGAUCUCAUUCUGUGAUAAACGUCUCCUCAUCGCUGCAUCGCCCAAAGCGGCCACAUCAGCACCGCGCAGACAGCAGCAGCUUUAAACGAUGCAUUCUUGUGUAUAUUGUUAUAUAUGGCUGUAUGAAAUGUAGUUUUAAUGCGCAGAGUCAUUUUAAUGCUUCAGCUCUGACAAAUCUGAAUCAUUGGUGGUAACUUAUUGUACCUGUACAGUGGAAAAGUAUUUACAGUUAAAUAAAACAAGACAUGCGAUCUGUA